CAGUCUCGGCUCUUGUGCGAUGUCGAGGGCGCGAACGCACUUUUCUGGUGAGAAGGGAACGCAGAAGUCUAGUUCUGACGCGAAGUCUAUCUUCAGCUCUUGCUAUCUAAAAUCGCUUCAUUGUGGAGAGGGCUUUGAAACAUAUUUGGGACACUACCACCAUGGACGCAUUUCAAGUACUAUCGUUAUAUAUGUUACUGAUCUUCAUUUGGAAUAUACCAUGUUUUCAGUCAGCUGCCAUCAUAUCUCCCUCUGUGCCAAGGAGAAACAAGGGAGCCAAGAUCCUUCAUGAUGGACAAAGGUCAACCAAAUUUCCCAAAGAGAUCUUCGCAUCUUCUCCUAUCUUAAGCCAUCACGGAGAAGACUUUAAUAAGGACGCAAUUGUGCCCCACGAUUACAUGCUCUCCAUAUACAGGACGUAUUCGGCUGCAGAGAGACUCGGACUAAACGCAAGUUUUUUCCGCUCCUCAAAGUCUGCAAACACCAUAACAAGUUUUGUGGACAGAGGAACAGACGAUCUCUUGCACUCUCCUUUGCGAAGACAAAAGUAUCUGUUUGAUGUCUCAACCCUUUCAGACAAAGAGGAGUUGGUUGGAGCUGAAUUAAGGAUAUUUAGAAAAGUACCCGGGGAUUUGCAAACGUCCCCGACAGGUCUCUAUGACAUUCAAUUACUCUCCUGUCGAUCAGAACGGCUACUGGAUGCAAGAUCCCUUGAUCCUCUGGAUUCCCGAAAACCAGGAUGGGAGGUUUUGAACGUGUGGGAAAUGUUUAAAAACCGGCAUCACUCUGCCCAGGGGAGCCAGCUUUGUCUCCAGCUCAAGGGCACUCUUGGUAAAUCAGAAAUGGAAAUCGAUUUAAAACAGAUGGGAUUUGACAGAACCGGUCGAACUCAGCAAGAGAAGGCCAUCUUGGUGGUUUACACCAGGUCCAAGAAAAGGGAGAACCUGUUCAACGAAAUGAAAGAGAAGAUCAGGUCUCGUGGAUCGGGGAGCAGGUCGGAGGAGGAGAGGGGCCUGCGGUUCAAAGCCAGGCGCCGACGGAGGACUGCAUUGAACAAUCGGCAUGGGAAAAGACAUGGCAAAAAGUCCAAAUCUAGAUGCAGCAAAAAGGCUCUGCAUGUUAAUUUCAAAGAGCUAGGGUGGGAUGACUGGAUCAUUGCGCCAUUGGAUUACGAGGCGUACCACUGUGAGGGCGUGUGCGACUUCCCUUUGAGAUCGCAUUUAGAGCCAACAAACCAUGCCAUCAUUCAAACUCUCAUGAAUUCAAUGGAUCCCAAUAGCACACCUCCUAGCUGUUGUGUUCCCACCAAACUCAGUCCCAUCAGCAUUCUUUACAUAGACUCGGGCAAUAACGUUGUGUACAAACAGUAUGAGGACAUGGUGGUAGAGCAGUGUGGCUGCAGGUAGCGUCCUUUUCUUCUGCGUAUUUAAACCCCGCAAAAUCAAAGAUAAGUCACUCGGUCCAGGUCAGGAUAUGAAAGUUGUGGCAUAUCUUAAGCAUAUAGACCCAUGCGUUCUUGCCAUAUCAUGGUGCGCCUAAACUUCACUCAAAAGGGAUCCGCGAGAGACAUCAUUUGUAGCGUAGGCCUAUGCAAGCAUAUUUAUUUUUGAUCAAAUUUAAACUCCGUACAAUCUCACAUAGCCUUAGAUGUCCAAUUGUUGUGUUAAACUAAUACCUACUCCUAGCCUACAUUUGCGUCCAUCUGAUAUGUUUUUCAAGAGCAUAGUCUAUUGUUUUGCGAGGCCCGGACAUGGAUAGGCAGGUCGUCAUAAACCAUUAGUCCGCAGUAGAGGAGUGGGUAUCAACAUACUAGUGAUAUGCUAUUAUUUGUAAUUUUUCUGAGCAGACUUGGAAUUCUUGAUGUUCCAUCAGUGGAUUCUGUCCGAAAUGGGCACAGUGGAAUGCACCUGUUCAAACUAGGCCGCAGUCACGGGAUAGCCCUUGUGCAUUGUUGCAGCUCCCUGCAACGGUCUUGUAAAGAGGACUCAUUUGUAGCGGGUGUUUCCAGGCUCACUGCCAGUGUCCAGCUGAAACUAUCGAGCUCUUCUGAUGCGUUAUCAAUCGGCCCUAGCACCCCCCCUCUCUCCAAUCUCUCUCUUUCAAAUCUAUUUCUUUCUCUCUCUCUCUCUCUCUCUCUCUCUCUCUCUCUCUCUCUCUCUCUCUCUCUCUCUCUCUCUCUCUCUCUUUCUCUCUCUCUCUCUAAAAGGUGAAUGUAAUCUACCAAACACACAAUGGGCGCUGAGGAAAAGAGAUAGCGCAGACAUGCCUACAAGAGAUUUCCCUGUGCGUCCUGUUUCAUCAGAAUGGAGUGCGCGCUCGAGUCAUCACAGCCCUCGGGCAUCGAAUGCAAGACUAAACAGACGAUUCUUAACAUGGACAUGGACAUAGGCAUUCGUAUUGUGCCUGCCAUUGACAGCUGACUGUAUUUCGAUGACUUGCUGAAGGCACACUGAAAGGCAGUUGGACCCGGUUGCGCACAGGAGCACGUGGGGACACCAAAGGCCACGUUAAAUAAUCAAGACAAACAUUUGCAUCUUCAACGUCUGCAUCUUUACUAAAGGCACUUCCACAACUGACUGCGCCAAUGUCAUGUAGUCAGGAAGAACACCUUUUUUUUCCUGAUAAUCGACUGACCAGAAAAGACUCGCAAACGAGAUAUUUAAAUGCACAUUAGCUUUGAAUGCACUGCUGUUCAUUAUUUGAGCUGUAAAUAUUUGUAUAGUUAAAACUUUACAAGUGCAACUUAUGAAGAAAUGACAAAAGGCAUUUCUUUGUAAAUGUACAUACUUUAAAUGCACUCAAAUCGUUAUAAUAUCUAUUCUAUAAUAAUUUUAUUAAUUGUGAUGUACAGAGUUUCAUGAUAAUCAUAUAUUUCUUACAUUGACGAGAGUAAUUUAAGCUGUAUAAAAAAAUGUUGAGGGUGAAAAUACCAUUAUUGAUGUCUACCUCAUAAUUACCUAGGUUCUGAGUUCUGAGGUGCAUCCAACACUCUUGUGCUUCGGAUGACUUAACUCCCCCCUAUAAUUAAUUUCCCAGAAAUCUGUGAGUUGGUCCUCUGUGACAGAGAGAAAACAUCGUUUUUAGGUGAUUUAUAACUCUGCUUGUUUCUAAUGAAGUUACAGAUAUGAAUCACACUAAUUACAGUACCUAACGUUAUUGUACAUAUCAUGCUAAAUCAAGUGGUCUACAUGGAUUUGAUUUGAAUAAUGGUAAAAAUUCACACUUCAAUCAGGCCUUUGUGCAUUUUUUCAUGUUGACCAAAAUAAGAAGUGAGAAGAAUGUCUCCUUUGAUCAUUGGAUUAUAUUAACUAUGGAAAAAUAAUCACUUGUUUUACCCUUUCUUUCAACGCCUGUAUAUAAGCAGAUAUGCUGUUUGUUUGUAUAGUGUUCUGUUGCUCAACCCUAUCUAUGCAUAUUUCAUUAAUAUCAGUCUUAUCGGAUCACAAUGAAUCCACGAUGUACUUCCAAAUUUUAACCAUUAAAUGUGCUUGAAUUACAAAACUAGCUUUUAGCAAGGCAUGGUGUUUUAUUUCUAGCAGAGGAUACAGAUCAUUCUACCCAUGUAGGAUUAUAGUUAGUGCUGCUGGUGACAGCACCGAAGUGUUUGACAUUGAGAGUUAUAGUUGUUGUAGAACUCAUGCAGUAGAACUCAGUGGUGGUGGCAAUGGAGUUCAGCUUCCUUUAAAAAUG